CACCCCACUAUUCACCUCAGAAGACUUCAAAUCUAAAGAUGAGUGCUGCUGUGUAGUUUUUAAAUCACUUUAAAGUCGGUUUAACGAGUCAAAAAGCUCCGUUUCGCUGUUUUUCGUACUGUUUCUGCGGUGAGACGUUCACGAACACUCAGAUGUUUCAGUAACGCUGCGUUAGCUGCUGCUGCUGCUGGUGGCUGCCUACUUCCUGAUUUCCCCGCAACAGAUGAAAACGACUGAUUGACUGGAGCCAAAACACAGCAGCAUCGACGGCUCAUUUUUGUGUGUGUGUGGGUGUGUGUGUGUGUGUGUGUGUGUCCUGGUUAUCACAAGAAGAGCUCCGGGUUUUAAGUUCACCUCCUGUUUUUUGAGGAGUGUCCCCGCCGCUCCGCUUCGUCGCCGUGAUGGUGGAGACUCCAGCCGGCUGUCUGUUUGAAGACAUCCAGUAUGAAGACAUCCAAGUCGAAGCGGCGGUCGGCAGAGGGACGUUCGGCGUCGUCUUUAAGGCCAUCUGGAAAGGAAAGGAUGUAGCGAUCAAAACCAUCGAGAGUGAGAAUGAGAGGAACGCUUUCCUCGUCGAGCUCCGGCAGCUCUCUCGGGUGAGUCACCCGAACAUCGUGAAGCUGUACGGCUCCUGUGACAAUCCAGUCUGUCUGGUCAUGGAGUACGCAGAGUGUGGCUCCUUGUAUAACCUCCUGCACAGCGCAGACCCCCAGGCUCACUACACGGCGGCGCACGCCAUGAGCUGGUGUCUGCAGUGUGCACAGGGAGUCGCAUAUCUGCACGCCAUGAAGCCCAAGGCCCUAAUCCACCGAGACCUCAAACCGCCGAAUCUGCUGCUGGUGGCUCGUGGGACCGUGCUGAAGAUCUGUGACUUUGGAACAGCGUGUGACAUUCAGACGUACAUGACCAAUAACAAAGGAAGCGCCGCCUGGAUGGCUCCGGAGGUGUUCGAAGGCAGUAACUACAGUGAGAAGUGUGACGUGUUCAGCUGGGGAAUCAUCCUGUGGGAGGUCAUCACACGCAAGAAGCCCUUUGACGAGAUCGGCGGCUCGGCGUUCUGUAUCAUGUGGGCCGUGCACAGAGGUACGCGUCCUCCCCUCAUCAAAGACCUCCCUGAGCCCAUCGAGAGUCUGAUGACCCGCUGCUGGGACAAAGAACCGAGUCAGAGACCGUCCAUGGAGGAGGUGAAGAACACCAUGAGCAACCUCAUGAAGUACUUCCCGGGCUCUGAGGAACCUCUCAAGCUCUCUCAUCAGUCGUCAGACGACAGGAGCGGCUCGUCAUCGGCCACCAGCACAGGCUCGUACGCUGACUACACCUUCACCAGUAACCGGAGCGACGACAACUCAGAGCACAGAAACUCGACGGGACCAGAGGAAACGCUCAAGAGUUUCGAGGCCAAAUUUCCACUUCAGUUCAAACCCUCAAAGACACCCACUCUGCGUACCGGUCUGUCCAGAGUCUCAAGUGUAGAGAGCCAACCAGGACGCUCCCAGAGCCCCACACACUGCACCAGCCCUGUGACCACAAGCGGCCAAUCAGAGCUCAGGAUGACCUUCAGCCCCCCAGCCACAAAUGGUUUGGACAGCUCUAUUCCCCUGGCCUACCUGAAACUGGAUCAUCAGUUACAGCCUCUGGCUCCGUGUCCGAACUCCAAAGAGUCGAUGGCCGUGUUCGAGCAGCACAUCAGGAUGGCUCAGGAGUACCUCAAGGUCCAGUCCGAGAUCUCUCAGCUUGUUCGGAGGAAACAGGAGCUGAUGUCCGAGCUGGAGCAGGACCAGAGGGAGCAGCAGACCUCAUCCAGACUCAUCAAGGAGCACAGCAAGCUGCUGGAGGACAACAGUAGCCUGUCAACCCAAGUUCAGGGCUUAAAGAGCAAGCUGAGCAUGAUCAAGAGUCAGAACCAGCACCACAGCUAGGACAGGUGGUCCACGUUUCCUCUUCCGUUUUUUUUUUUUUUUAACUUCUGAAGGAUGAGAGGAUUCAAUCCAUGAACUGACUGUAAAGGGAGGACAACCCAUAAAUCAUGAGGAAACAGAACUAAGAAGAAAGUGUCAAGAAAACAUUAGAAUCACAGCGUUUUGUCUUCAAUUAGAGGCUUUAGAGUUACAAUGGCAUUUCAAUUUUCCACAUUUGUGUAAUGAAAUAUAAACUUAGUGAUGAUAAGGCAGCUAGAAAAAAUAAACCCUAGGCCCCUCAUUAGCCGUUUUCACAUAUACACUCCUGAACAUAUCUAGAUAAUUACAGGAGGACUGCUCCGGAGAUUCUCCUGACCUGGCUGUUCACAUAUACUCACAGCAGGAGACUCCUUGUCAGAGGGAAGUAUCAGAGUCCGCUAUACAAUGAUAUAAUGAGAAUAUUUGUCUUAUAUCACUGCUAUGUGUAGUUCAACAGAAUCACAAUCUGAACUAAAGAGUGGAGAAGAACAUACUGGAGAACAGAAAACAUAAUGCAGCAGGUUCAUUAGAGCACGCAUGCAGACACUUUAUGCACCGUGUAGCAGUAACAGAGUAUAAACGUCACUCCACCUCCUAUUGGCUCAAGGUGAAUUCUCCUGAUUAUAUCCUGCUGCGUUUUCACAUCAGCUCACUUAGACUUGCUGUGGAAAAAGUACUAGGGGGUCUGGCAGGAGAAACUCUGGGUGAAGUCUAAACGAAAAAUGUGGCCGUUUGCGUUCACACAUGCAGCUCCUUUGGGAAAUAUCUGGAGAUUUUCAGGAGUUUUCUGCCAGUAUGAAAGCCCUAACUAACAGGAACAAAUAGAUUUGAAUAAUUGCUUCAAGUAAACCUUCUCCAUCACGACCACUAAACAUUCUUGUAUUUGUCACUGUCAGUCUCUCGUCAGCUGUCCGAUGUAAUAACACCAAAAAGGCCCAAAACAUAACUCUAAAACAAAGAAAACCAGUAUUAUAACUUUUGAAUACAUUUGACCUCCUUUGGUUGUCUCCAGGUAAAUGAAAGUAUUAGGCUGUGACAAACCACAUCCUCCCUGCUCCUCGCUAAAAGGACGAUAUGGUUCCUUUAAACGUUCUGAUCUUUCCUGAUGGUGUCGCUGUGGUGAGACCAAAGACAUUCACUCGGAUUGUGACCCUGAAAUGGACGGGAACGGUAUAUUUCCUUGUGGCCUUCUAAUAUCUAUUUUUACCACGUAGUCUUUGUUGAGAUGUUGAGCUGUAUCUACAAGUGUCCUUUGUAAAUUCACAUGUUUAUAUAUCCAGUGAAUCGCGCCUGUUUGAUUGUGUUUGAUGAAAAGAGGGAAGGCGUCUUUUUAGCCCAUUAAGACUGUGAACACGAGACAAACCAAAGGGAGUGUGCUGCAGAAGACAGAACAGAUGUGUGCAGAGGUGUGUUUUUUUUAAUUAGCCUUGCAGAUGUUUUGUUUUUAAAUGUUCAUUUAUUCACUUUUUUCCCCCACAGUUAUAUCUCACAGGAUUGUAUUCACAUUACUUUGCACUGCACUUGUUCUGUUUCAUCACAUCUGCAUGUUUUGUAUUCACACUUGAGUUUUCUGUGGAUUUCUUUACUUUAACAUGUUAGUUCAGGCGUCGCCUUCUUGUACAGAUCUUUUUUUUUUUUUUUAAUCUCAGUUUAUUGUAUGAAAACUUUCGAUUGAAGCCCUGUGAUUUCUGCAACAUUUCUCGUGUCAUUUUAAAUGUACAGACUGCAGUUAAGUGCUUUUAGAAAAAAAAGUAAAGAAACUAUUUUAUAGCA